AUGGAUUUUUAUGGAAAUUAUUGUUCGCAAGCUUCAAAUCCUGUAGCUAUAUGUGCAGCUCGUGUAGAGAAAUAUUUCCGGGUUGUGGUGAUCAAAGAGAUAAAAGGAGCCCAAUUCGGCCUCCAACUAGAAUCUGCAGUGAGGGAAAGAUUGGUAAAUGUUGACAAAUAUGAAGAUGAGGAAGAAGGAGAACUAGAGAAGAUUGUUGAGUUUUUCCAAACCCCAUAUUUCAAAAAGGGUUCAGCGAUCACCUUUUAUUUCCCUGCAACAACUCAUGCCCCAGAGAUAACAUACACAGUUGAGGGGAAAGAUGCAGUGAAGAUUGAGGUGGAGAAUGCAAAUGUGGCUGAAAUGAUACAGAAAUGGUAUUUGGGUGGGUCUAGAGCAGUGUCUCCUAGCACUGUGCAAAGCUUGGCUGAGAAAAUCGGAGCAAUGCUAUCUGCUGCUUAAGAGGUUUUAUUGUAAUAUGGUUGCAUUUCAUGUUUCUUUUUUUGCCCCCCUAGUGAAAACCUCAAAUAAAUCCAGGUGUUUGAGAGGUUGGCAAUGUUAAUACCUUUGUACCUGUAAAACUUUCUAAUCCUGUGAAAUGCAAUGGAUGCCAAGAGUUUUUUUUUAAA